GUGCAACUGCCUCACUCACGGCAGCCACUUUCUCGAGCGCACAGCUUCAUUCCAGCCUUGUACAGGAAUUCUUCAUCGUAAAUCACGUCCAUCAUGGCGGAACCAGAGAAGAGAAUCGAGACGGAAUCACCGAUCCAUAAAGACGGCGUCGAGCACCACGACGAACGCAAAAAGUCCAUCGCGGAACUCACCCAGAACCUCGAGGGCGAGAUCAAGAACCCCCUCAAAGGCAUCCCCAAAGCACAACUCCUCGAGCAGGUAACAGCAUACCACAAAAAGCACGACCUGCCCGAAGACAUCCUCCCGCUGCUGAAAAAGGGCGCCCUCGUCGCGCAGAACCCGGCGCUCUUCGAGUCCAUCGAGGAGCUCGACGAAGCCGAGAGGGACGCGCUGCGCCAGGAGGUGACGCACCGUUGGAAGCACCCCUGGGCUCUGUAUUACACCAUCAUUCUCAAUUCUAUCGCGGCGGCUAUCCAAGGAUGGGACCAGACCGGGUCUAAUGGCGCCAAUUUGUCGUUUCCCACUGCGCUCGGCAUCCCUGACACGGCGGGUUCGUCCUGCGGGCCGGUCGCCAACGAGGGCGAUUGCGCGAAGAACAGCUGGAUUAUCGGCCUUGUGAAUUCCAUGCCUUACAUCACGAUCUGUCUGUUUGCUGGCUGGAUCUCGGAUCCUCUCAAUGAUUUACUCGGUCGACGAGGUGUUAUCUUCAUCGCUGCCAUCUUUUCGCUGCUUGCGCCCUUUGGUAUGGCUGUAUCGCAGACAUGGGGACAGCUCGCAGCUUGCAGAAUGUUGCUUGGCAUCGGCAUGGGUUUGAAAGAAGUCACAGUCCCCGUCUUCUCCGCCGAAAACUCCCCCACUCUUAUCCGUGGCGGCUUGGUAAUGUCUUGGCAGGUCUGGACUGCGUUCGGUAUCUUCCUUGGCACAUGCGCCAACCUCAUCGUCGGUAAGACGGGCGACAUUGCUUGGCGCCUCCAAUUCGGCUCCGCCUUCAUCCCGGCCGUCCCGCUCGUCAUCGGAACCUACUUCUGCCCCGAGUCGCCUCGAUGGUACCUCAAGAAGGGUAGGCAUCUCAAGGCGUGGGGAUCGCUGAAGCGCUUGCGUAAUACGGAGCUCCAGGCGGCGAGGGAUCUGUACUACAUCCACUCGCUUCUGGAGUACGAGGAGACUAUGAUCAAGGAGUCUGGGCUCAAGGUCACGAGCAACAUGUUCACGCGCUUUGUUGAGUUGUUCACAAUUGCUCGGAUUAGGCGCGCGACGUGGGCUUCUGGUAUUGUCAUGAUUGCGCAGCAGAUGUGUGGAAUCAACAUCAUUUCGUUCUACAGCGCGACCAUCUUUAAGCAGAGUGGUAUUAGCGACUACACCGCACUCUGGGCCAGUUUCGGCUUUGGUCUGAUCAACUUCACCUUCGCCUGGCCAGCCGUUUGGACGAUUGAUACGUUUGGUCGGAGAACUCUCUUGUUGUUCACAUUCCCAAACAUGUUUUGGACUCUUCUCACUGCUGGACUCUGCUACCUCAUCAGCGACAGUACCGCUCGAAUCGCCGCCGUCGCGACGUUCGUCUACCUCUUUGCAGCAUUCUAUUCCCCAGGCGAGGGCCCUGUCCCCUUCAUGUACUCCGCCGAAGUCUUCCCCCUCUCCCACCGCGAAAUCGGCAUGUCCUGGGCCGUGGCAACCAACAACUUCUGGGCGUCCGUGCUCUCCCUCACCUUGCCGCGUAUGCUGAUCGCCAUGACAUCCACCGGUGUGUUUUGCUUUUACGCGGGUCUGAACCUCACGAAGCAAAAGUCGCUCGAGGAGCUUGAUUACGUCUUUGGCGUGCCGGAGCGGAAGCACGCUGCGUACCAGGUCAAGACUGUGUUGCCUUGGUGGAUUAAGAGGUGGGUCUUCCAGAAGAAGGGGGCGAAGUGUCCUGAUUUGUAUCAUGAUGAGAACUCGGAGGGGGUGCCUCGUGGGGAGUAGGUUGUUAUCUAGCGAGGGGAACUUCGAUGAUUAUUCGUACGGUGGGUUACCGUCUGGGAGGAUUGUGGGUUCAAGAGUGUGGCAGAUGUGCCAUCUCGACAUUGGUCAGGGGAUAGUUGUGCAAGGA